AUGAUGAGGAACAAUGAACAUCUUGACAGUCAUUCUAGUACCAUCGCAAAUGUGCCAACUACUCCUACAAUAGUAGUUUCUCCUAAAGUAGCACCUUUGCUCACUCUGGAGGAACAAAAGAAUGGCUUCCAAUAUGCCCCAAUGAGUGAAUAUUGGUCCCUUUACAACUUUUUGAAUGAGAAGGAAAUUGUUGGAGGAUAUGAUAACAUUAGUACAGCAUGGUGUUUACUCCAUUUACAGGGGUUGACCAUCAUAAGGGCUCCAUUUGCUUGUUUCAUAGCAAAUGAAGAUAUUGUGUCAUUUGAGUGGCUGUUUAGAUCAUUUCUCAAGGCAAUGAGUGGGAAUGAACCUAAUUGUAUGAUUACGGAUCAGGAUCCGGCAAUGAAAAUUGUUGUUACAAGUGUGUGUAAGAAGACUGAACAUCGCUUCUGUAUGUGGCAUAUAAUGAAAAAGUUACCAGAUAAGGUGGAGAAAUCAAUCAUGCAAGAAGAAACUGGUUUCCUAAAAAAAUUAUGUGCUUGCGUUUGGCAUCUUGAAAUUGAACCUGCUGAGUUUGAAGAAAUGUGGAACAAGGUGAUGGUUGAAUACCACUUGGAAGAACAUGAGUGGUUAGGUUAUAUGUACAAGAUAAGGGACAAGUGGAUUCCGGCAUAUUUCAGAGAUGUGUUCCUUGGAGGAAUAAUGCGUACAACAUCAAGAUCCGAAAGUGAAAACAACUUUUUCUGCUCCUUUAUCAAUCCCCAUGUGUCACUAGUUGAGUUUUACUUGAGAUAUGAAGUUGCAAUUGAUGCCCAAAGACACACUCAAGGUCAGAAUGAUAAUGAUUCAAAGCACAAAUAUCUUGAGUGUAAAACACCACUAGGGAUAGAAAAGCAUGCCUCACAUUUAUAUAUUAACUCUGUCUUUUAUGAAUUUCAAUAUGAGAAAGAAAAUGGAUUGGAAGUUGUAAAAAAAGCAAAAAGGUUUGAAACCAUUCCUGAGCAGUAUAUGCUAUACAGAUGGAAUAAUAUGGCACUGAAGAAACCAAUUUUUGACUUGGGAGGAAACCUGUUGGAGCAAUGUGAUAAUAUAAUUGACAAGAAAAAAUUGUUAAAUGAUUUAUGGUCAGAGAUACACACUUGUGUAAGUUUGGCAAAAGGCAAAGAUGAAGAUAUUCAAGACCUUGUGAUACAUCUUCAAGGAAUAAGAAAGGAUUUGGAGGCUAAGAGGAUUGCAAGAAAUAAUGAAACAACAGCUGGAAGUGCAAACAACAAAGAACAAGACAUUGAGCUAUUGAUUGGAGCUAGUAUGCCAACUGAAAUAAUUGUCAAACCACCAAAAAUUUCAAAGAAUAAAGGGACUAGAGUUCAUGUAUCAAAUGAAGAGACUUCAAAAAAGAAAGGGGCUGAGAUUGAUGUGCCAAAUGUUGAAACAAGAGAAAGCCAUAUUAACACCACCAACUAUCCAAAUCAACACUACACCAAGUAA